AUAGAACGAAUGUUCGAUAAAUUUUGGAGAUAAUUAAGAUAAUAGCGGUCGAAUAGACGUCUUUCCAUCUUCGAGACAUAGUCCGAUAAUAAACGCUAAACUGGAAACAUCGGCUUUUCGGAGUUGCUUUUUCGCUUCGAGUACGGGCCGCCGGUAUCGACGACGCUCCACGCUUUUCCACGAAAACAAUGAAUAUUAAAGACAAAGUUGCCAUUAUAACCGGCGGGUGCGGCGGAAUUGGUUUCGCCACUGUGCAAGUCUUAUUGACUCAUGGGGCCAAGUAUGCUGCGAUAUUCGAUCAAGAUUCUAUGCACACGCGCGCUGCCUUUUGCACGCAAAAAAUCGAGCAACAAUUUGGAAAAGGUCGAGCGGAUUUUUACACGUGCGACGUAACGAUACAAAGUGAAUUUGCAGCUCGAUACGAUGAAAUUGUUGGAAUGCAAGGUAGCGUCGACAUACUCGUUAACUGUGUAAAUCUUGUCAAUGAACUCCGAACGCAACACAUGGUCGACACCAAUUUAACAGCGGUAAUUAAUUCCACGCUCAUUGGAAUCGACAGGAUGGGAUAUCAUCACAAUGGCAAGGGAGGAGCAAUCGUUAACGUAGCCUCCGUAUUCGGUCUAAAAACAUCGGCUGCGCUCCCAAUUUUCACGGCCACCAAGCACGGCGUAUGUGGCUUCACCAAAUCGUUGAAGGACCAUUACGAAGAUCUCGGGGUUCGAGUGAUGGCUCUGUGUCCAGGUCUCACGGAAUCCAGCUUUUUACAUCACAAUUUGAGAGAAGAAACCCUCAAGUUCAUUUCCGACAAGUAUCUGAUAGAAAUUUUCGAAUGCUCAAAAUACAUCCAACAGCCGGAGAAUGUCGGCACGGCAGUCAUCAAGAUGAUACAGAAUGCAGAGGCUGGGGACAUAUGGAUUUCGGAAGAUGACGAGCCGGCGUACGCCAUUGCCGAUCCACAGCCUUACAAGGAAAGGAGAGUUUUAGUGUAAUGAAUGUGAGAAGGCACGUUAUGUAUAAAACUUUCAUAAUAUUUAUUAAAUUGAGAAAGAAAGCUUAAGUUAUAAUUUCAAUUGGUACACUUAUUCAACGAACGGUAAACACGAAACCCAAGUAGGUUCGUAUGCGUACAAUAUCAAUGCUGUGUAACAGUUGAAACGCUAAUAUUGUUAACGGCUACAGUCAUGGCUUUAGCACCUCAAUGGUACGAUCGACAUUAAUGUUAUUAAAAAGCGAGUGAAAAGUUAUGACUUUUAAGGCGUUGCGUAUGCCGUUGCGACCGUCCAAUGGAUUUUUAUAUUUCGUAAUUGUAUGAUGGAUUUUUAAAAAUCGUUGUUUGUAGCAAUUGUCUUGUAACAUUAUUGGCAAAAAAAUCUUUAAUACAGAUACAUAUGAUAUUAUUGUUGUUAUUUCUUCUUU